ACUCCCAUGAACAAAUUGAAAUAAAGAGGAGUAUAAUAAAUAAAAUAGGGAUAAGAGGGAGAAUGGAUCAAUAGAAGAUAUAUAUAAUAAGUUGGUGCAUGACAGAAGAAGGAAGAAAAUUAGGCUUUCUUUCGCUUUAAUUCCCCUCUUACGUAUAUAUUUGGGAAUUAACGUAUAGAUUUUCAUCAUCAUCUUCUUCCUCCCUUAUCAACAAAAAUGGCGGAAGAAUUAGAAACGCUGCUGAUAAAUAAGAAGGAAUACUACGAGAAUUGUCCGGGUUGUAAGAUGGAUCGAAAGAAGGAAGCUCAAACUGGUUUACCCAUUAAAGGGCUUAUCACUGUAUGGGUCGUCAUCCUCAGCGCAGUACUUCCAAUAUCAUCUCUCUUUCCAUAUCUUUAUUUUAUGAUAAGGGACUUCCACAUUGCAAAGAGAGAGGAAGAUAUUAGUACAUAUGCAGGUUAUGUAGGUGCGGCAUAUAUGCUUGGAAGAGCUCUGACAUCUGUUUUUUGGGGAGCAGUGGCUGAUCGAUAUGGCCGAAGGCCAGUUAUAAUUUUCGGCACUUUUGUAGUGGUUAUUUUCAAUACUCUCUUUGGUCUUAGUGCCAACUUUUGGAUGGCAGUCAUUACACGGUUGCUUCUCGGUUUAUUAAAUGGUUUGAUUGGACCAAUAAGGGCAUAUGCCGCGGAAAUUUUUCGUCCAGAAUAUCAAGCACUGGGAAUGUCAACGAUUAGUAGUGCAUGGGGCAUUGGAUUGAUUAUUGGCCCAGCUUUAGGAGGCUUCCUUGCUCAGCCUGCAGAGAAAUAUCCGGCUGUAUUCUCAAAGGAUUCUAUAUUUGGGAGGUUUCCCUAUUUCUUGCCUAGCUUAUGCAUAUCAGUGUUCUCCUUGGUUGUGGGUAUUGCUUCAUUUUGGAUGCCGGAAUCACUACACAAUCAUGAUUCACGAAUGCCGCCUCAAAGUUCAUACAAGGCUCUGGAGGCUGCAUCGGAUACAAAAGAAGGAAACGAAUCAACCCCAACGCAAAGCCUUCUCAAGAACUGGCCAUUGAUGUCAUCUAUCAUCAUAUACUGCAUCUUUGCUCUUCAUGAUAUGGCUUACUCAGAGAUCUUCUCAUUAUGGGCUGUGACCCCCAGAAAGUUUGGAGGCUUAAGUUAUUCAACUGUUGAUGUUGGUGAAGUACUGUCGAUCUCAGGAUGUGGCCUUCUAUUCUUUCAACUAACUCUGUAUCCAUUGGUUGAGAAGUAUGUUGGUCCAAUUGCCAUUGCUCGUGUUGCAGGAGUUUUGUCAAUUCCGUUAUUGGCAUGUUACCCUUAUAUUGCUAUGCUCUCUGGGACCGCCCUCACUGUGGCAAUAAAUUUUGCAUCCUUGUUGAAGAAUGCUUUAUCUAUUUCUAUCAUAACGGGGCUGUUCAUAUUGCAAAACAAAGCAGUGGAUCAGCGACAACGAGCAGCUGCUAAUGGACUUGCCAUGACAUCAAUGUCAUUUUUCAAAGCUAUCGGUCCAGCUGGAGGAGGAUUACUCUUUUCUUGGGCUCAAAAGAGGCUUGAUGCUUCCAUUCUUCCAGGUUCUCAAGUGGUAUUCUUUGUGCUGAAUGUGAUAGAGGCAAUUGGUGUGUUGCUGACAUUCAAACCAUUCCUAGUUGAAACACAAAAGACUUAAUUAGAGUAUAUGGUCUCUUGAAUAUGUUUUCUGCUGGCAAUUAGCUAAAAUUGUCUCCUAUUCUUAUUGAGGAUGUGGAACAACAUUCAUCCACAAAUUCUAAUAUACUCUAGUUCAAUUAAAGGAAAUUUUGCAUGUUCAAAAACUUGAGAACAUUAUAGGCAGUUUAUAUUUAUUGAUUGAAUCAUUGUAGACA